CGUGAGCAUAAGUUAAAGUAUCCUAUUGGGUCUAAAAAGGAUCGUAUCCUUCUAUCUGUAUAUCGUAUACCUUUGGUCUUUCUUUAGAAAAGUGAUCAUAGGAGCGUUUUGUAGAAACAUAAAAGAAGAAAUUCGCCGUCUAGCAUGUCACGCAUAUCGUUAGUCUAUGGUAAUCUUAAAAAUAAAGAACAAAGAUUGAUUUCUUGUCCCAAAUAAGCUAAGCUAUUGCAAAGAUGGUUUUGAAAAUUUAUUUUUAUUAUAAUAUUGUCGUAUACUUUGAAGAUCCUUUGUUUCUGUUAAACUUGAUUCCAUUGCACGGGUGAACGACAUCAACAUUGCGUCUAUUUUCUCUUUCCAUUCGUUUCUCUGUCGUAUUAAUGAUCCCUUUAUUCUGCUCAAGAUUGGAAAUACCGUGGCCCAGGAGUUUUCUACUUCAUUACCUAUAAUAUCAUAUAACUAUAUAAUGUUAGCUGCAGUACGUAUUUUUACUGACAUUGUUACUUCAUUACGAUAUCUUAAGGUGUAGGGAGUUGUUGAGCUUAAGGGUGUUUGCUCUGGAAACCCGACCUAACCAGACCCUAUCCCUACCAAAAACAGUAAAUAUUCAUAGAAAAUGGGCCUUCACAACCCUUUGCCCGCUUCUCUGAAAAGCGAAUGCAAGAAAGCCGGAAAAAUUUUAACUAGUUUUGUGGACCCCAGGCAAACUCUCGGAGCUCAGGAAGUCAUUCCCCCCUCCGUACUGACAAAUGCGAAAGGACUAGUAAUUAUGACUGUUUUAAAAGCCGGAUUUUUAUUUUCUGGAAGAAUUGGUUCAGGAUUGAUUGUUGCGCGUCUCGACGAUGGAACUUGGUCUGCUCCCUCGGCUGUCAUGACUGGUGGAAUGGGUGUGGGAGCCCAAAUUGGUUCCGAAUUAACGGAUUUCGUAAUUAUUUUGAACUCAAAAAGUGCUGUACAGACGUUUGCUCGCUUGGGAAGUAUUACCCUUGGUGGAAACUUGUCUGUAGCUGCUGGACCUUUAGGCCGAAAUGCUGAAGCUGGAGGAGGUGCUAGUGUAGGUGGAAUGGCUCCCAUAUUUUCUUACAGUAAAACAAAAGGUCUUUUUGCAGGUGUUUCUUUGGAAGGUUCAGUUUUGGUUGAACGUCGUGAUGCAAACCGUAGUCUUUACAGGGGCGAUAUAAACGCGAAGCGACUCCUUACUGGCCAAGUACCACAACCAGCAGCAGCAGAUCCUCUUUACAAAGUUUUAAAUUCUAAGAUUUUCAAUAUGUUCAGAGAAUACGAAGGCGACAUCUAUAAUGAUGUUCCUAUCUACGCUGAUGAGGAGCCCGAAGAUAUCUGGGGUUCACGUGAUUCUCGCUCUAGGCGUGAUACUCUUGAUAGCGAUUCUGGAUAUACUUCUCGAAGAUCGCAACCUAAUCGUAACAGUCGUCGCUAUGCCUAUGACGACGAUGAAGACGAUUAUGACCGCUUACAUAGAGAUAGACCGAUUUCCAAAUCGACUACCUCAUCUGUUCGCUCUCCUCGUGCAAAAAGCGGUGGUUUUCGCUCUCAAUACACUGACACGCCCACUUCAACAAAUGAAUAUUAUAGUGAUGAGGACCGUAGCUAUAACAGCUAUGAUGACGAGGCAAGCAGCGGAUCUUCUCGUUUUUCCUCUAGGAGUUCCGACUAUUCUCGUCCAUCUCGUCCAUCUGCUCCAAAACCUGUUUUCAGUAAGGAUAAAAUCGGCCCUAAUCAAGUUCGGGCUAUGUACACAUUCACUGGUGAACAGCCUGGUGAUUUAUCGUUUAGGAAAGGAGAUAUAAUAGACAUUAUCCAAAGAAGUGAAUCCCAUGAUGAUUGGUGGACUGGCAGGAUUGGAUAUCGUGAAGGUAUCUUCCCUGCUAAUUAUGUUUCUGAAACAUAAAUCUUCCAUUCUUCCUUUGUAUGCCGAAGUGUAUAAUGAUAAUUCCCCAAAAUCUGAUCCUUAUUUUACUUUAUUUUGUAAAAAGUCCAACGUUUGCUUAAUCGAUCUUUUUUAUUUUUUUAUUGGUUAAGAAUGGACCCCUUUCUUUCCUAUUUUCUUCCUUACACAUUAUAAAAUUAGGUAUAAACGGAAUACAUACAACCAUGAAUACAAUAACUUUGCAUUUAUUUCACUAUAUUUUCCACAGGAGAACUAUUGACUAGCGACUUAAAAAGCUGAGCUCGAUAAGAUGGGACUUAACGUAUCGUAAACGUGGGCAUGAUAAUUAUUGACAUACUCAAUUUCUUCUUUACAAAGUAAAGUAGGGUCGAUAAGCUUCUUACAAUGAGGAACCAAAGUUAGAUCCUUCAAAGCGUAAUAUUCGCGUGCAGCAUAUUGAUAUUUGGUAUUAGCUGUGGUGACAUAUACACAAUUUUCAACUCGGAACCCGAAAUGGCCAUCUUCAUAAAAUCCAGGUUCAUUACUAGUAACCAUUCCUGGUGCUAAGCUGACCGUAUUAAAUACAUCACGGGAGCCAAUACCAAUAGGAAGUUCGUGAACGUUAAGGAAACUACCUACACCAUGUCCAGUACCGUGCAAAUAGUCUAAUCCCCAUUUCCAAAGAUGCUGACGUGCCAAGGAAUCAAUUUGAAAGCCAGUAGUACCUUUAGGGAACACUAUAUUUAUAAUUGCAAUGUGGCCUUUUAAAACCAAUGUAGCCGAUUGACGUUCAAAGUCAGUAGGUUCACGGAAAUGCCAUGUUCUAGUUACAUCAGUGGUUCCGUCUCUAUAUUGAGCACCUGAAUCACAAAGGUAAAUUUUUGAAGGGUCAAUUAUAGCACUGCCAGUUGCAGGGGGAGAAUAAUGAAUGAUAGCUCCGUUUGAUCCAGUGGAACUAAUGGUUUCAAACGAUAAGUUAACAAAGUGUUCAUUCUUCCUUCUGAAUGAUUCAAGCUUUGUAGCUGCAUCGUAUUCAUUAAUUUUACCUCCGGACUGAAGAAACUCUUCAAGCCAUGCAAAAUACUCGACUAAAGCAGCUCCAUCUCGAACGUGGCAAUCUUUCAUCCCCUUCAACUCAACGUCAUUUUUAAUUCCCUUGGCUUGAGCGAUUGGGCUAACGAUAGGAUAAACAGUUUUUUCACCAAAGGAAGUAGCUAUUAACCAAGAAGUUUUAGUUGAGACACCAACAUGACUUAAAUAGCAUUCAUUCGCAUCUUUGAAAAUAUCUAAAUAAGGUCGAAUCUCAACGUACUUGUUAAGAUGAGCAGUUACUUCGGGAGUAAGUUUGGCCUCGUCUACGUAAAAGUAAGCUUUAUCCAUGGUGAUAAAAGAGUAGGCAUAAAAAACAGGAUUAUAAGGAACAUCGGCUCCACGGAUAUUAUAAAGCCAGGCUACUUCAUCAAGCAUAGAAACAACAAAUGCUUGAAAGCCUGCUUUGGCCAUAGCUUCUCGUAAAAGCUUAAGCUUUUCUGAAACAUCCAUUCCUGCAAAUUUCAGAUCAUGAACAAAGAGUUUUUCACAAGGAGGCUUAGGACGAGAUUCACUCCAAACUUGGUCAACCAAGUUGUCAUGAUCACCACAUAAGUAUGAUCCUUUCUGUACAUAAAGCAAUUCACGUAAUUUUCUAGCAUCAGGGAAAGUGAUGAGGCUAGAAUCGAUACCAACCUUCUCAGUGACUUUGGUUUGCUGAGCACAAUAAUCCUGCCAACUAGGAACACCAGCAAACCCCUGUUUCAUUAAAGUCCAAUUCUCAUCAAGCUGUUGAGAAGCUUGAUUAAAAUAACGGCCAUCAGUAAAAAGAGCUGCCGAGUUCAAUCCAAUGACAGCACAUCCAGCCGAUCCGUCAAAGCUACGAUAUGUUAGAGUUUAUACGAACAAACGCAUAUAUUUUUCUCCAUACCCACUUAUAAAAGCUCUUCUGGCGUCCGACUCGGAGGUGUAUUCAGAAGCAUGAGCCUAUAUCCAUUAGGUAAGUAAAAGAAUACUAAAAUAAACAAGAGAUAUCCAAAAGCAACUCAUAUAGCCUUGGAUUAUCCAAGGCUUUAUCGCAAAAAGCUCAGGAUCCACCUUAUCGUUAUGAUGUUGCAAAGGUAAACACCACAAAGAAAAAACUUACAUCUUCCGAAGGCACCACGUAAAAAGAGUAUUCGCGCUCCUUCAUGAGAGCACGUAAUUUACUUAAACGAUCAGUCGUAUGUACAACCAUUUUCUAAACUAGCCAACAAUCAAUAAGAGAAGAAGAAAAACUAAGGUAGAGAAAACUGUUAAUAUCUGAGAAGAAAAAAGAGUUAUCGACUCAAAUACAGUGAUAUAGGUAUAUUAAAUUUAUACAAAAGUAGUCGGC